AUGAUGGAAGAAGACAUAGGACAGUGGCAACAUAUGUUCCAGGAGCUGAUUCAAGAGGUGAAACCGUGGCACAAAUGGACCCUCAGACCAGAUAAGGACCUUCUUCCUGGUGUUCUGAAGCCAGGAUGGACGCAAUACCAGCAAAAGACCUUUGCCAGGUUCCACUGCUCUUCCUGCUCUCGAAGUUGGGCCUCUGGCAGAGUCCUGAUAGUCUUCCACAUGCGGUGGUGUGAGAAGAAGGCCAAGGGGCAGGUAAAGAUGAGGGUGUUUGCUCAGAGAUGUAACCAGUGCCCUGAACCCCCAUUUGCAACUCCAGAGUUCACAUGGGACAACAUCUCAAGGAUCUUGAACAACCUGCUCUUCCGAAUUCUGAAGAAGUGCUAUAAAGAAGGGUUUAAGCAAAUGGGUGAGAUUCCUUUGGUUGGGGACACCAGUCUUGAAGGACCACAUGACAGAGGCAACUGUGAGGCCUGUCUGCUGGGCUUUUGUGCUCAGAAUGACUUAGGUCAAGCCUCAAAAGCACCAGCACCCCCAUUAUCUCCCACCUCCUCGAAGUCAACCAAGGAGCCUAAGGCCGCUGCCACUUGUAGCAACGCUCCCUGCUCAGUAUCCUCCUCUAAAGUGGAGAAGCCCCAAGCAUCAAAAGUGAACCCCCAAGCCAGUAACCCUACCAAAGAUGACUCUAAGGUUAGCUUCACCUCAAAACCAUCAACUACUCCAAGAUGGACAAUCCAACCGCUGUCAGUAGUAAGCUCACCUGCUCCCAGAUGUGUCAUUCAAAUGCCUCCUCCUGUCGACAGCAGCAACAGAGCAGCACAUGUGGCAAACAAGAACACCAUAUCCAAGACCCCAAAGUCAUCGCUCUCAUCCUCUUUAUAUGCCCCACCCACUUCCUCAAAUGCCCCACCCACUUCCUCCUUAUAUGUCCUAUCCACUUCCUCCUCCUAUGUUGUGCCCAUUUCCUCUUCAUGGAGACCACCAGCAAACACCACUUGCCAAGUAGAGAGAAGCAGCCAUAUCCACCCACAAAGCCAGUCUUCCUGCUGCAAAGCUUGCUGCGGGGCCUUCGGGGCCUGCUGCGUGGGCUGCUGUGAGAUCAUCGGGCGCUACUGCGUGGGCUGCUGUGAGAUCAUCCGGAGCUGCUGCGAGGGCUGCUGUAAUUGCAUGUCACAGGGUCCACUGUGUUGCUUGGUCUUUCUAAUCUUGUUGCUGUUGUUGUGGUACUUAUUAUAA